AUGUGCUCCAGACAGACCUCCGGAGGCUGCCAUGAAACGUCCUCCCAGUCCAGCGGGUGCCACAGCGGGGGCUCCUGCUGCCACGGGGGCAGCUCCUCCAGCUACCAAGCGCAGGGCUCCUCCUGCUGCGGGGGCUCCGGCUCGGGCAGCUGCGGCGGGGGCAGCGGGGGCUCUGGCAAGAUCAUUGUCAGCUCUGGCGGUGGAGGAGGCGGUGGAGGAGGAGGCUCAUCAGGCUGCUGCAGUGGGGGAUCCAGUGGUGGGUCUUCAGGAGGCAAGAUCAUCAUUGUAGGUGGAGGGAGUGGAGGUUCCUCUGGAUGCUGCAGUGGAGGGUCCAGUGGUGGCAUGGGAGGAGGAUCCAGUGGUGGGUCUUCAGGAUCAAAGAGCAUAAUUGGAGGUGGAGGUAGUGGAGGAUCAUCUGGAUGCUGCGGUGGGGGAUCCAGUGGUGGGUCUUCAGGAGGCAAGAUCAUCAUUGUAGGUGGAGGGAGUGGGGGAUCCUCUGGAUGCUGCAGUGGAGGAUCCUCAGGCUACGGCAUGGGAGGAGGAUCCAGUGGUGGGUCUUCAGGAUCAAAGAGCAUAAUUGGAGGUGGAGGUAGUGGAGGAUCAUCAGGCUGCUGUGGUGAGGGAUCCAGUGGUGGGUCUUCAGGAGGCAAGAUCAUCAUUGUAGGUGGAGGGAGUGGAGGUUCCUCUGGAUGCUGCAGUGGAGGGUCCAGUGGUGGCAUGGGAGGAGGAUCCAGUGGUGGGUCUUCAGGAUCAAAGAGCAUAAUUGGAGGUGGAGGUAGUGGAGGAUCAUCUGGAUGCUGCGGUGGGGGAUCCAGUGGUGGGUCUUCAGGAGGGAAGAUCAUCAUUGUAGGUGGAGGGAGUGGGGGAUCCUCUGGAUGCUGCAGUGGAGGAUCCUCAGGCUACGGCAUGGGAGGAGGAUCCAGUGGUGGGUCUUCAGAAUCAAAGAGCAUAAUUGGAGGUGGAGGUAGUGGAGGCUCAUCAGGCUGCUGCGUUGGGGGAUCCAGUGGUGGGUCUUCAGGAGGCAAGAUCAUCAUUGGAGGUGGAAGCAGUGGAGGAUCAUCCGGAUGCUGCAGUGGGGGAUCCUCAGGCUACAGUAUGGGAGGAGGAUACAGUGGUGGCAGUGGGGGAUCAGGCCAGAAGAUCAUUGUGAGCUCAGGUGGUGGAGGAGGUGGCUCAUCAGGCUGCUGCAGUGGGGGAUCCAGUGGUGGGUCUUCAGGAGGCAAGACCAUCAUUGGAGGUGGAGGCAGUGGGGGAUCCUCUGGAUGCUGCAGUGGAGGAUCCAGUGGUGGCAGUGGCGGUUCCUCAGGCCACACAAUCAUCAUCAGCUCCGGAGGGGGCAGUGGAGGGUCCAGCCAGUCCAUGCAGCAGAAAUGCCCCAUUGUCAUUCCCCACAUUGAAUCCCAUCAGACCAAGCAGGCCUGCCACUGGCCCCCCAUCCACCAGAAGUAA